GCCUCGAUGUUCUAACACUCUCACAAGUUGCUCGAUGGCUGUCUUCAUACCUGCGAGACUCCUCUCAAUUGCCUCCACCCUAUCCACCAAGCGAGAUUCCACUGACUCCUGAGGUGGUCCACUCCGCACUCCUCUAAUGCCUGCGACACUCCUCUCAAUUACCUCUACCCUAUCCGACAAGCGAGUUCCCAGUGACUCCUGAGGUCUGGCACCCUGCACUCCUGAAACACGAAGCAAGAUCUCUUCCAGCCUGUCCAUCUUCUUCCCCUCGAUCGCCUGGAACGCAUCUAUCAUCUGUGUCGUAUCUUGCCUCAUGGCGUCCAUAAUUUGAUCCGUAACCCUCUUCUUGAGCUCUGCAGGAUAGUCAUGCCGGCCAUCGGCUCCUUUCCGCUUGUUAUCGACACUCCCUUCUGCGGCUUCUGGCUCUUCCCUCCUCCUCUCCGAAUAGAGGGUCCUCAUCGCGUCCCGCACUUUACUUCCUUCCCGGAUACGCUGCAUUUCCCCCUCUUGCAUGGUCAUUUCCCGCGCCACUGGCUCUACCCUCCUCUCCGGAUAGAUGAUCCUCAUCCCUUCCUGCAGUGGCCUUGCUUGCUGCAAACGCUCCUCUUCCACCUCUUGCAUGGUUCUUUCCCGCGCCACUGGCUCUACCCUCACUGGCUCUCCCCUCCUCUCCGAAUAGAGGGCCUUCACCCCGUCCCACACUUUACUUGCUUCCUUGAAACGCUCCUCUCCCACCUCUUGUAUGGCCUUUUGCAGCGCCGCUGGCUCUGCCCCCCCCUUCCCCGAGUAGAGGGCCCUCAUCUCGUCCGCCACUUUACCAGCUUCCAUCCAACGCGCCGCUUGCUCCGCUUCCUGCUCCUGCUUUGCCUGGGAUCUCUGCGCGGCAGCCUGAGCCGCCACCUCAUCCACCAGCACGAUCCAGCGAUCCACAGCCCGGUCAAAAUCUCCAUAGUUACGAGUAGCGGUAGCGCUCUUCGUCUUCUCGCGCUCCUCCAAGUAGAGUCUCCUCUGCUUCGGCCAGCGGUACAUGAGGCCCUUCACAGAUACGUCGAAUCCCGUCUGGGCCGCAAACAUGGCCUGGAUCAUAUCCAUGAAGCUGUCCUUGCGGCGCGCCUGCACGUAGUCGGCAAAGUGGUCGAUGCACAGCUGCACCAGCUGGGUCUUGACGUCUUCGUCGCGCAUGCUGAUGCGCUGCUUCCGCUCCCCCAGCUCCUUCGCCGAUAUCUCCGAUACGUCGCCAUCCUCCCUGCCACCACACGACGACACGUGCGGACUCCGCGCUUCCGGCGACGCCGAAAUUGUGUCGCUGAGUAUGAUCGGCUGCUGAUGGCUCGACUGAUGCUGACUCGGCGGCUGCUGGUUCGGCGGCGGCUGAUUCGGCGGCGGCUGGUUCGGCGGCGGCUGGUUCGGUAGCAGGUUGCGGUAGCGCUCUCGUUGCUGCGGCUGCGGCUGCUUCUGCUGCUUCUGCUGCGGCGGCGGGAGGGUAAUGGGCGUGGGCAGCUGGUAGUCGGACGGCGGGGUGGAUGGUGGCGCGGAGCGCACAGGGUUGGGUGUUGGUGUUGGAGGAACAGGGUCCAUUGUGUUGAGCUGAGCUGCCUGGAACGAGACAACGUGAGAUCGGAUCGGGUCCAUUCGGGUUCAGGUUCGGGUUCUAUUCGGGUUCGG